AUGGGUCAGUUAUGUGAUUUCUGUGGGGAGCAAAGACCGAUGGUGUACUGCAGAUCUGACGCAGCCUGUUUAUGCUUAUCCUGCGAUCGCAAUGUUCACUCUGCUAAUGCUCUCUCUAAACGGCAUUCCCGCACACUUCUGUGUGAUGGAUGCUCCUCUCAGCCUGCCAUAGUUAGGUGCAUAGAUGAAAAGGCCUCACUUUGCCACAAUUGCGACUGGAACAGGCAUGGUCGAUCUAUCCCAACUUCGGGGCACAAAAGGCAGUCAAUCAGCUGUUACUCUGGCUGCCCCUCGGCUUCAGAACUUUCCAAGAACUGGUCCUUUCUUCUGGAUAUCCCUCCCACUGAGGACUCACACUGUGAGCAGGGUUUAGGGUUGAUGAGAAUCGAGGAGGAGAGUGUCAGUAAGUUCAUGUGCCCUCCUGGAAACAGCAGCACCGGAGAACAAGCAAGUGCGAGCAAUAUGGAUGAUAUUGGAAAUGUUGAUAAACUCAAUAGUUGGUCAGGUCCAUCUGCAGUGGAUGCUUUCCCAUCCAGUGGGAAUCAGCCAGCUGGAUCAGUGGAUUCAACUGCACCCAAGGUAGUUUACAUAAUUUUAAAUUCCUUUCUAAGUGCUGCACUUAUUGCUAGAACUCUUCUUGUGCUAUGGCGUGCUAUCCAUCAAUAUAUGAUAACUGAUUGUUUCCUUUAAAAAUAAGCUUGAAAAGAACAUUUUUUUUUAUCUGCCAUAAGUCCAUAUACCUGGAAUAUUAUUCGUGGCUUCUGUUAAAGAAUUAAAACCCUAAUGGGAAUCACUGUCUCUCAUGUCAUGGUGAAAUGUUGUCCAUUCUCUCUUGCUGACUGUUUAAGAAUCUAUGAUUAAAGUAAUAUCCUGAAGCUUACGUUGAAGUUUAUGACUCCUGAUUCGUAUAGUUUGCACUUGAAAUAUAUUUCCUGAUUCUUGGAAUAUAUUUGUGAUCCAUGCUUAUUGUGAAUGUCAAAUUUCGUGAAUAUGCAGCUAUGCAACACGGGCACAGAUGGCUUUGGAAUGUGUGAAAAUGAUGAAUUUUAUGAUGAGUUUAGUGUGGAAGAUGUUGACUUGAACUUUGACAACUACAACGAAUACUUUGGCACAUCUCGGAAUCAUUCUGAGCAGCUUUUUGAUGAUGCGGAAAUAGAUAGUAUGUUUGAUGUGAAGAACCCAUCUUCAGCGAAUGAGAACCACCUGGACGAAUUUCCUGCUGAGGUGAACAUUUGGUUAAUUCUAAAGUCUUUAUUUCUGUGAGGACCUUAAUUAUCAUGAAAAUCUGAAUCAAUUUACAUUAAUACGGUGUUCUUCACAGAUUUUAUCGAAUGUGCCAAGGUCUCCUUUUUUUCUAACGAAACCUUAAAUUUUAUUUUCUUGGAGAUAUGGGUGUGGAUUUAUUUCAUGGUCCGUCUCCUGGCCGGAUUUCUAGUUCUUUCAAUGAUCGUAAUAAGUUUAACGAAUAUCACAAUUUAUUCGAUAUUAGCAUGAAGCAGUGCUCUGUGAUUUGAUCAUCUUGCAUAAAUGGUUUCUUCAAUACGAAAUAAGGUAUUUAAUAGAUAUACAUUUUAAAUAGUUUUAGUCACAUUAAAAACUUUCUAGCAACAUAUAUAUUUAAUACGUAGGAACGAUUCACGCUAUAAUUUCACCUGAGAUCAGUUAGAUGCCCGUCAAUAAUUUCAUUUGAUUCUUACAAAACCACCUAUUUAACACCCUUUUGUGCACACCGAUCACUUUUGAAGAAACUGACUCUAGGGAAAAGAAAGUGGCCAGUAAGUCAGCGGUAAACCAUCUUGAUCUUGAUUGGAUUUGACUUCUUUUCAGGGAAAAGAAAUGGACCAGUAAGUCAGUGUACUCGUGAACUUCCCAUUUAAUUGGACGAAGCAUAAAAUAAAACUCUUGAUCCAUCAUUGAGUAGUACCUUCCAGAUCUCUUAAAUCCUCAUCUUACAUUUCUUUACAGGUUUCUCCGGCUGGCCAGGACUGCAAAGCCCAGCCGGCAUCCAGCAAUGUGGUAUCUACGGACUCUGUGAAGUCAAAUCCCAGAUGCAGAUCCCCAAAGGUGUGCUUUCUGGCAAGACAUGGUCACUCCAGCCUAUCACUCUCAUUUUCGGGCUUAACUGGGGAGAGCAGUGCCGGCGACUACCAAGACUGCGGGGUAUCACCUACACUCUUAAUGGGUGAGCCCCCAUGGUGCCAUUCUGGCGCUGGAAACCCAGCCUUCACCUCUGCCAGCCGGGAGACUGCCGUGAAACGUUACCAGGAGAAGAAAAAGGCCCGCAAGUGAGUUUCUCUUGUUUGAUUAGUCCCCACUUUCAUGAAAUGCGGUGUGAUCUUCAUGAAAUCUGAUUCAUUUUUCUUGUAACUGGUACGUUUGGAUUAUUUGAUCAAUGAAAUCUUGCCCCUUUUCUCCACCUGUUAAACAGAUUUGAGAAGAAAAUUAGGUACGAAUCUCGCAAGGCGAGGGCCGAUGUGAGGAGGCGUGUGAAAGGCCGGUUCGUCAAGGCCGGCGAAGCAUAUGACUACGACCCUCUCUGUCAGACAAGAAGCUUCUGA